AUGUCUGCGCCAGUUUUGAAAUCAUGGGCUGAUGCCGAAGAUGAUAUUCCCCAACCAGAAGUCACCAGUAAUCCAGAUGGAACUAAGACUGUGAUUAGUUAUAGAUUAAAUGCUAAGGGACAAAAAGUUAAGAUAACUCAAAAAAUCAAAGAGGUUAAAGUUCAAGAAAAAGUACAUCCAUCGAUUGCCAUUCGUAGGAAAUGGGCUAAAUUUGGUAAAGAAAAAGAUACUCCACCAGGACCAGAUACCAGAACCACUCAACUUGGUGAAAAAGUUGAAUUGAAAUUAGGUGCAGCUUGGAAAGAACUCGAAAAGAAAGAAGAAGAAGAAAAACUUCAAGCUAGACAAAACUUGGUUUCUAGUCAAAGAAUCAGAUGUAGAAGAUGUAAAGGUGAUCAUUACACUUCUAAAUGUCCAUUUAAAGAUACUCUUUCAGAACAAGCUACUCCAGCUGCCGCUGAAUCAUCUGAAUCUGCCACCGGUGGUAAAUAUGUUCCUCCAUCGUUAAGAAAUGGUGCUGCUAAAGAUCUUACUAGAGAUGAUUCUACUACUUUGAAGGUUUCUCAAUUGAAUAGCAUUGUUGAUGAAGAUAUGAUAAGAGAUGAAUUAUUUGCAAGAUUUGGUCCAUUACAAAGAGUUGCCUUGGUUAGAAAUAGAGAAACUGGUGAAUCUAAAGGUUUCGCUUAUGUCACUUUUGCUACCGAAUCCUUGGCUCAACAAGCCUUGGAUAGCUUGAACGGUAAAGGUUAUAACUCUUUGAUUUUACACAUAGAAUGGUCUAAAAAGAGAAAGUAA